AUGACUUCGAUCUAUCUAGCUCUUGGCCACCAUCAUCCAUCGUUUCGAGGUAGCGUGAAAGACCCGGUACCCAUGGCCGCGUUGAUGCAGUCAAACAACGAGCCCGUCGCCAUCUCAACCCCUUUGACCGCCUCAUCGGACCCGAUUGCCUCGAGUUCCCCGGGAUCUGCUACCUUUUUAAAACAGUCUAAACCUGACUCGAACCUCACCUCCAUUGCCAACGCGGGGUUAAACGUGACGCGAUCAAAAGACUCCUUACCGGCGAUGUCAACAACAGCAGUGCCAAACUCUGGCUCCGCGGAGCGGCAGCUCGAAUCUCAUAGAGAUGCGGACCAGGAUAGCUCUCAGGUUGCGCGCGAAGCGCUCGGCGCUAGUGAGAAACAUCAGUCUAGCUCUGUCGGCGACUCACUAGCCAUACACUCCGACCAAAUGCAGGUCGACUCUCAUCCUGGUCCCGGUGAAGCGGGCGAUCCGGUUUUCAACACUGCUGAGAACGGAACUUCUUUAAUAAACAGCUCGACUGUAGCAAGCCCCGGACCCAUAGAAGAUUCUGUCUCUCAGGACGGUGACCAACCGCGUCAUCGAGACGACGGCGACUUGCAUCAAGAAAAUAAUAACAAAGCUUUCUCAUACCCCAUGCCUACAGGGGCGUUCAACGACCCCCGGCGUGGUCUCAGCUUACCAAGCUCCGGCCUCCACAAGGCUGGUCAACGGUCUCCAUCCGCUAAGAAGCAUAGAUGCCCCUAUUGCGCAACGGAGUUCACACGACAUCACAACCUCAAAAGCCACCUCCUCACACAUAGUCAAGAGAAGCCGUUUGUAUGCACGACCUGUCAGUCACGCUUCCGGCGACUUCAUGACCUCAAAAGACACCAAAAGCUUCAUACUGGUGAGCGACCCCAUAUAUGUCCGAAGUGCGGACGCAGGUUUGCUCGCGGUGAUGCCCUUGCGCGUCAUAAUAAGGGCCAAGGUGGCUGUGCUGGUCGUAGGGCCAGCAUGGGAAGUUACGCACCCGAAGAUGAGUAUGGUGAUGCCGCAGCUGCUGGUGCCGACGAGGCUAUGGAUGGGCUAGUUUACGCCGAGCCGGAACGCAUGGAUGAAGAUGAUGAACGACGUUACAACAUGCCGAGCAUAAAGAAGCAUGAUGUGCCCUCGGAUUCUGCCGUUCGCUCAAACAGCGUAAGCAGCUAUCAAGCGCGUCAACCUAGCACUUACCCUCCAAUUGCCGCGAGCAGACCGUCGCCUGGCGGGCUUUUCCCUCCUCCUACAAGUCAUGGCGGUUCUAGUGCCUCCCCUUCUCCCAUAUCUCAGUCCGGCAAUAUGGCGUUCCCCUCGACAAACCAGCCAUCUGGCUCCUCUGCUUUUGCGCCUUCAAACAUGGCUGAAAGUCCAAGACCGCUCUCACCGAACGCACUAUCUUCCCACCAAUUAGGACACGGGCCGGAAAACGGUCUACAAAUGCACCAUCGCGCCCACUCUGCUGGAAUCUCACAUCCAUUCCCUCAACAAUCAUACAAUCGUACAGGCCCCUCUCAGGCUUCUCUUUCCAACCACACUGCACCGAGCUUAGGCCUUCCACCACCUCAGCCCGGGGCCCCUCAACUUCCGCCGCCACCUGGCUUGGGGUCUUCUGAGCCUCGUUUUUCCCUCCACUCGCAAAGCUCCGUACAGGCUUCCGGUUCCGCCGCUAAACAUACGCCAUCACAUAGCCACUCGAGUAAUCACGGUGGUUCUUUGACUUCCAAGACAAUCCCCGAAGCAGCAUCAACGCAUAACGUCCAUACCUCUCACGAUCCGAGCGUCUUCGAUCAGCAACGGGAACGGGAGGAAAAGCUCUGGGAGUACAUUCGCUCAGUUCAUGAGGAACUAAAUGGACUCAAGUCGGAGGUAGCCACCCUCAGGGCACAAGUGGCAUCGUCGAGUGUGAACGCAUCGACUACGUCUGGUUCUAGUGUUACACAAUCAUCAGUUGAGACGGGCACCACAAAUACGGUGCAACGGUGA